AUGUCAAUACUCGAGAAUGUUGGUACAGGUGAAGAGAUUGAUUAUGAAUCUUUGCCCAUAAAUACCCCAUUGGCUUCUCAGUUGUUUGCUGGUGCAUUUGCUGGUGUAAUGGAACAUACUGUGAUGUUUCCUAUAGAUGUUUUAAAGACCAGGAUCCAAUCCAAUGUCACGUUGACUAAUGGUUAUAGCAAUGUGCUAUUAAAAACAAAUUCUAAUGUGAUAACACAAUUGACUAAGAUAACAACCAAUGAAGGCUUCAAAUCUCUUUGGAAGGGCCUAUCCUCAGUAUUAUUGGGUGCAGGACCAGCUCAUGCUGUUUAUUUUGCUACUUAUGAAUUCACAAAAUCAAAAUUGAUGACCGAGAAUGCCUAUUCUUCUCCAAGAUGGAAUCCAUUGAAAAUUGCCUUAAGCGGCGCUUCUGCUACCAUUCUCUCUGAUGCUCUUUUGAAUCCAUUUGAUACUGUAAAACAACGAAUGCAAAUCUCAAAAAAUUCUACUAUAUUCGGAAUGACAAAAUUGAUUUAUCAAAAGGAAGGUCUCAGGGCAUUUUAUUACUCAUAUCCAACUACUUUAGCAAUGAACAUUCCAUUUGUUUCAUUAAAUUUUGUUAUAUAUGAGACCUCUACGGCUUUUUUAAAUCCUUCUAAUAAAUACAAUCCUUACAUCCAUUGUUUAUGUGGGGGUAUUAGUGGAGCUACAUGUGCUGCAUUGACAACUCCAUUGGAUUGUAUAAAGACUGUUUUACAGGUUAGAGGUUCAAAUAAUAUUUCUGAGCCUAUUUUAAAGAAUGCAGAUACGUUUGCUAAAGCCUCCAGAGCUAUAUAUAAAUUGAACGGUUACAGAGGUUUCUUAAAAGGUUUAAAACCAAGAGUAAUUGCUAAUAUGCCUGCAACUGCAAUUUCUUGGACUGCAUAUGAAUGUGCAAAGCACUUCUUCCUUAAUAAAAAUAAUUCGAUAAUUUAA